CCUAACGGCACAGCACAUUUCACCUUCUCAUAGACAAUCUCUGAGUGGUGGUCAAUAUAAUUUGUUCCAAAAAUGUUAAUGUGAAGGUUUUAAUUAAAAGUACAGAAUCUUGGUGAGAACAUCAAUGCAGUAUUGUGAAGUAUAUUGCAGGCAUUCCACUGUCAAUCAGUUGGUUGCAGAUGGUUGUUGUGAUGUUUGUAAACAUUGCGAUGGAGAAGGUGUUUCUGACCUGGCGCAUGAUGUUGGUGUGUGAGUUGUGUGCAUUUCGUUUGUACUGCUGGAUGUGUACAUGCCCGGGUGUCCUGCUGCUGUUUAAUCAUUAACUCUUCCUGUUAUUAUGUAAUGUGCUGAUAAAACAGCAGGACUUGUUUCCACUGGUUUCACCUGAGAUACUCCGGAAUCUGAGUAAUGCGAUGACAUCAUGAUCACAUGACCAGCAUUCAAGCACUCAUUCAGUUAUAAACUCAAAAGAGUUUUUGGUCAUGUUCUCAGUUAUAAUCAAGUUCAUUACUUAUUCGUUUGUCCAAAUUACAGUACACUGCCAAAUAAACAUGAUGUUGCCAUAGAAUGAGAUAAUGAAUAGCCCAAAAAUGAAAAUUCUGUCAUAAUUUACUCACCCUCAUAUGGUGACCUCAUCUUUACAACUCGAGUGACUCUUAUCGUCAGUGCAGGACAAAUUAGAAUGACCAGUGUUGAAGCUGUCUUCUAGUGGUUUUUAAAUGUGCUCUUGACACAUUAAGCUGUGGUGCUCCAGUGGCUUAUGCAAGUUUGAGUCUGGCUUGCAUUAUUUUCUGAUUCCAUUCCCCUUAUUUUUACUGUCCCUGUCAGUAAAAGUGGCAAAAAGGCUGUGGGUUGGGUAUUUUGAGUGGAAAAUGCAUAUGUUUUAUGAUAUAACAAACACCACCAUCUGAUCUGUGUCUUAAAAUCAAUGAAACAAUGUUCACAACCCAUUUUACUUCUAUAAUGUAAUAUUAGGGGUGGGUAAAAAUUAGGGCUGAAACGAUCAGUCGACGCUAUCGACAACGUCAACAAUAAAAAAUUGUUCAAAACAUUUGUUGUCAAAUAGUUGUUUGAUCUUAUUUAAUGUAACAUGAGAUCACAUUAAACUCUAAUGAUAGCACGCUUGAAGAGCACCGCAGCUUGAUUGAGGAGAGGAAGAACACACUGCUCACAGUCUAGAUGCACUCCAAACUUUCCAAACAGCUUAAGGUGAUAUAGAUCGCAAAGUAUGAGGAAUUAAAAUGUGCAUGUCAGAUCAUCUUUAAAGGAAACGCCUCGGUAUUAUAUCUUUAGUACAUCCUUUAUUAAAGUCCAAAUAAUAAGGAAGCAGGUCUUGUAAUUAAUUACAAACUCCGAAACUGGCUUGUCUCUGUGCGGUCAGUGCCUCUUCUGUGAGUCGUGUGAAGUGACCCGAUCUAAGGGGGAGAGAUUGAAACUCCACCUGGCUGAUACACAUUCUGGUGCGGGGACACUUGUCCCUUGCACACACUGCUCAUGAUGUAUUGAAUCAUGAUAUAUAUGUGUUGCGGUGUGUAUCUUCUGAAGAAAAUCAGUGAUACGCAGCUAUAUUAAGAAGAGAGAGUUUGUUUUUUGUGAGUUAAAGAUGGAUCAAAGUGGCGUGCUGAGUCACUCCAGUCAGGCUUUCUAAGCAACCAGUUGGCCCGGUUGCUAGGGUGGGUAGAGUCACAUUGGGUUAACCUCCUUGUGGUCGUUAUAAUGUGGUCCACACUUGGUGGGGCGCAUGGUGAGUUGUGCGUUGAUGCCGCGGAGAAUAGCAUGAGCCUCCACACGCUACGUCUCAGCAGUAAUGCGCUCAACAAGCCACAUGAUAAGAUGGAUUGAUGGUCUCGACGCGAAGGCAACUGAGAUUCAUCCUCCGCCACUCGGAUUGAGGAUGUGAAGCUCUCAGCUGAAGUGGAGCCAUUUAUUCCUCAGAAGAAAGGUGUUGAUGCAUCUUUACCCAUGAGUCUGUGUAGUGAGGGUGGAGCUGAGCCCACACAAAUCCCCUCCUACCUGAUCACAUGCUACCCAUUUGUACAGGAGAACCAGAACAACAGUCGGCAGCUUCCCAUGUAUAACGGAGACCAUCGCUGGCAGCAGUUAAACCCGGGUCCCGGUGGGCCAUACCUGGCGUACCCUAUCCUCUCCUCACCUCAGCCCCCGGUCACCAGCGAUUAUGCCACAUACUAUCACGCCAUCAUGCCAACGCCCUGCCCACCUGUGAUGGGUUUCUACCAGCCGUUCCCUGGGCCGUACACAGGGCCGCUGCAGGCUGGCGUGUUGAACCCCGUGUCAGACUGCGGUGAGAGAGCUCCCCCACAGGGGCAAACACAGAGAGGGAGGGGCAUAUCACGAGCCUCUGUCAUACAUAAGCAGCCUAUGUCUCAACCAAUGAGAGUGAAGCGCCCUGUGAUGCAGAGUGUGGCGGUACAGAAAGAGGUGGGCAUGGCCGGACCUGAUGGGAGAUCCAAGACAGUACUACUGGUGGACGCAGCACAGCAGACUGACUUCUCGGGAGAGGCGUGCAGCAGCAGAUGUUCAUCUGAUCAGAUGAGUGUUCUGCAGUGGAAGAAUAAAGCUCGUCGCAGACGCACGUCACAGCAGGAGUUGUCCAGUGAGCAAGGAGCCAGCGAGGCCGACAUUGACAGUGACAGCGGCUACUGCAGCCCCAAACACAACCAGACAGCCGCAAACACUUCAACCAAUCAACAAACAGCAGCAACGGCUGUGGACGCAGGCGUCAUGACGGCUGUUAGCUGGGGGAAUGUUGGAUCACAUGUCACUCAGAAAGCGUGGACAGACAGAUCUGUUGCGUACCACAGAGGUAGUAAAACACCUGAGCUGAGGAACUACUCACAGGAGUUCCAGAUGAAUUUUGGAGGACGUGGAGGAGGACCGAGGAGGUCACAGCCUGUGUCAUCACAGACACCCAACACACAUCUCACCCCUGAACCACUUUACUUUCAGGAUGAGGAAGAGUUUCCUGAUCUGGCCACAGGUGGCGCUGCUCAGCGAAUUAAACCAGACCCAGCAGCACAGGCCAGACUGCCCAAAAACCUGCUGGAUAAUCUUUCAGAGAAUUCUCCAAUUAGUAUCGUACAGACACCAAUCCCCAUAACCAGCUCUGUGCCAAAAAGAGCCAAGAGUCAAAGGAAGAAAGCUCUCGCUGCUGCCCUCGCCACAGCACAGGAGUAUUCAGAGAUCAGUAUGGAGCAGAAGAAACUACAGGAGGCUCUCUCUAAAGCAGCAGGUAAGAAAAGCCGGAUUCCAGUACAGUUGGAUCUGGGUGACAUGUUGGCGGCACUAGAGAAACAGCAGCAGGCCAUGAGAGCUCGACAACUCAACAACACCAAACCACUGACUUAUACAGUUGGAACAAUGGGCGCUCUACACAGUAAAGACAGUACUAGCAGCAGCAGUCGAGUGUCAUACACCCCCCCACACAACAUCCUGGACUCCAGCGCUCCCCGCAUCAAGAGAGGAAAAGAACGAGAGAUUCCCAGAGUCAAGAAGACCACCGCUAUGAAGAAGAUCAUUCUGCAGGAGCGUGAGGUGAAGAAAGGCAAGGGUUCUGCUGAUGUCACUGCAUCUGGAGCUGAUGAGCAGAGAGACAGUCUGAACUUCACCGACACACUCACACAAGAGCAAGAUGAGAACGGUCUUAGCGUUCCCAGUGAUGCGUCUCUCUCUCCAGCGAGUCAGAAUUCUCCAUACAGCAUCACGCCCAUCUCUCAGGGGUCUCCGGCGAGCUCAGGAAUCGGGAGUCCCAUGGCUGCAUCUGCCAUCACCAAAAUACACAGCCGCAGAUUCAGAGAGUACUGUAAUCAGGUGUUGAGUAAGGAGAUCGAUGAAAGCGUGACGCUGCUCCUGCAGGAGUUGGUGCGCUUCCAAGAGCGAGUGUAUCAGAAGGAGCCGAGCAAAGCCAAAGCCAAACGCAGACUGGUGAUGGGCCUCAGAGAGGUCACCAAACACAUGAAACUACACAACAUCAAGUGCGUCAUCAUCUCACCCAACUGUGAGAAGAUCCAGGCCAAAGGUGGACUGGAUGAGGCUCUAUAUAACGUGAUAGCCAUGGCGAGGGAACAGGAGAUCCCGUUUGUGUUUGCUCUGGGCCGUAAAGCUCUGGGCCGCUGUGUGAAUAAACUCGUUCCUGUGAGCGUAGUGGGGAUAUUUAACUACUCUGGAGCAGAGGGUCUGUUUAAUAAGCUCAUAUCUCUGACGGAAGAGGCGCGGAGGGCUUAUAAGGACAUGGUAAAUGCUCUGGAGCAGGAGCAGGCUGAGGAGGCCCUGAAGAAUGUCAAGAAAGUCACACAUCACAUGGGCCACUCCAGAAACCCUUCUGCUGCCAGCGCCAUCUCCUUCUGCAGCGUCAUAUCAGAACCCAUAUCAGAGGUCAACGAGAAGGAAUACGAGACCAACUGGAGGACAAUGGUGGAGAACACAGACGCACCAGAACCGCUGGAAUCUGAACCCAGCAGAGUGACCAUUAAAGAGACAGAGGUCACGUCAUCCCCUCCACAGCCAGCACCCAACCAGAACCCAAGCUCGAACACGAACCCUGCGGCCACUCGAGCUCCAGAGAAGGAGGAGUCUCGCACAGAUGAUCGUCUGGAGUGGGCGUCGCAGCAGAGCACCGAGACCGGCUCUCUAGACGGCAGCUGCCGAGACCUGCUCAACUCCUCCAUCACCAGCACCACCAGCACACUGGUGCCCGGCAUGCUGGAGGAGGAGGACGAGGAUGAGGAGGAGGAAGAGGACUAUACCCCCGAGCCCCUUUCAGUGCAGGUGCCCCCACUCAGCUGUAGGAUUGAGUCGUGGGUCUCCAAAACACUGGAGAAUCUGCAACUGCACAGACCGAGCGAUGGCAGCACUGAAGAUGAGGAAGAUGAAGAUGAGGAGGGGCAUCUGAGCGAUGAGGAAGAGCUCGAAUCGUCUGAUCUCGCUGAGCCAGCGGCGGAUGACAAACAAACCCCCGAACCAUCCACACAUGCAGGCUGAGCGACCAUACGCACCUCAUUACCCAAAGUUUCAGUGUCACAAAACACAAACAUUGACUCAGGAAAUUGAAAUGGACAGACCAACACACACACACACAGACACUCUGUAGCCGCACAGCUGUAAAGGAAUACUUCACCCAAAAUGAAAAUUCAUCAUUUAUUCACCUUCAUGUUGUUUCAAACCUGUAUGACUUACCUUCUUCUGUGGAACACAAGAGAUGUUUAUUCUGUUCAUGCUGCUGUUUUCCAUACAAUAAAAGCAUACAGUUAACAGGGACUGCCAAAUAGGACAAAAAAUGCUGUUCAAGAACCAUAAAAGUUUGAUUAAGCAGUCCAUAUGAAUCAUGUGCUAUAUUCCAAGUCAUCUGAAAUCCUACAAUAGCUUUGUGUGAGGAACAGACCUAAAUUUAAAUUGUAAUUCCCUGAAAAUCUUCCCCUUUCCAGGAGCUCUCUAAACAUCUUUUGUGUUCCACUGAAGAAAGAAAAGUCAUACUGGUUUGGAACAAAACUCCUCAUCCAUUCCUCCACACACACACUUCUCUUUCUGCAGAUUGCUGACGUGUCUGGACACAUGGAUGUGUGUUUUCUCACAGUCUCUUGUCUGAGUGUGUGUUUGCUUUAACAGCCAGCAAGAAUCCAGUACAUGCGACCUAAACAAAUAUAAACAAUUAACAAAACCUGCGGACAAAAACACAUCAGACAAGAUGUGUGAGUGAUUCGUGCAGAACUAAUUUUAUGAACAUAUGAACGAAUCCUUGUUGUAAAUAACAUGUUUAAAUGUUUCUAAUACUCAGUCUUGUUCGCUUGUAUUUAUCGUGCUUGAAUUAAAUCAGAUCAGCUGGUUUUGAGGGUGUUUCUUUGGUUUUAUUUUUGUCUAUCAUUUAUGUCGGAGUCUUUCAGGUGGAUUUAUUUUCUCCUGGUACUAGUUUUACUGGUUAGAUCAUUUUGUGCAGGUAGUUUAUAUUGGUAAAUUGCUGUACUGUAUACUGGUGCUUUUGGUUUGGGUGGCAGCAGUUUUGGGUCUGUAUCAGCUGGUAAACUGAUUUGGUUCAGCUGGACAUAAGAACCAUCAGUCACAGCUGCUGCAGCGACCCGUCCAAUCAGAAAUUGAACAUCUGAACCUGAGUGAGUCUAUUGAAAACAUGGCAAGGUCACAUUUCACUCCAAAAAUACUUUAGGACCAUUGAGAUUUUUUGCAUUGUAACAUUUUCAUGACAAUUUAACAUUUUCCUCCAAAUUUGUAUUAUUCUCAAAGGUGAUUCUUAUUAUAUUCAGUACUGCAAUAUAAUACUGUAAAAUACAGUAUGAUAACUAAUACAUAUGAUUUUAUUUAAAUCAGCAGCAAAAAUGAUGUAUAAAUAUUAAUAUAAAAAAUAUAAUUAUAGUACAGUAGCAUUUCAGUAAUGAGAGUUUUUUGGGAGUGUGUUUGUGAUGCAAUGUCACAAUAAAAAGUUUUAAUUGUUCUAAAAAUAGGCCUCAUUUUCCUUAUGCAAAAUAGAAUUUCUUAUUGUUUGAUUUUUGGGGUAAAAUAUGAGCCAUACAUGUUCUCAACCGAUUUCAUGAGAUUCCCCCCUGACUUCCACUGUGCGCAUGUGUUAUUCACUCUGAUUUCCACUGGUUUUUCUCCUUCAUCUUUAGUAUUAACAGGUCUGAGUGUUUUUGAGGAAAGAAUCAUAAACCACUUUAAACUCCAAAUGAAGGUUAUCUGACAAUAUAAUGGUGUUAUCUCGGCAAAUGUUUGUCAUAAUGUACAUUCACGAAAAUGAUUUCAUGGUAAAGGUAUAUAUGAAAGGCUUAAUAACUAAUGUUAGGGUGAAUUGAAUGUUUUAAAGCUGUCAGAUCCAAUGAAAUGCAACAGUAGUGACUGUUUUUCUCAUGUAAACUGUUGAAAUGUUCUGGAGCAACAUCUCCGUGCAAUAAGCUUCUUGUAGCAGAAUUCUGACUCUGUUUGGGUCGGUGUGGAGCUAAUGGAUCUGUCUCUCUCUCUCUCUCUCUCUCUCUCUCUCUCUCUCUCUCGCUCUCUCUCUCUUUCUGUGUUUGGAGUGAUUUUCAUUGCCGUGUCUUUUGCACUAUGUACAUAAUCGUGAACAUGCUUUGGUAACUAAUGUGAAUCUAGCACUCAUCUCUGAUGUGUCAUUUUUAGCAUUUAUUAUGAAGUCACAGCGUCUUUUCAUCUGUACAUGCAGUAACUGUUGACUGAUCGUUAAUACAAUUAAACUGUUUCCAGUAAACUA